AUGAGGAUCACUGGUAUACCCACAGCAGACCAACGGCUAAUUUACAAGGGAAAGCAGCUCCACUCAGAGCAAACAUUGGCGAACUGUGGUAUCCAAAAGGACGAGAGCAUGCAACUCGUUGGUCGAAUGCGAAGCACAGAUCAUCCUCAGGCGUGGCAGCUCAUCAAUGACUUAGUUUCACUAAUCUUCGAUAUUUUGAAAAGCAAUUAUCCUUCGGUUCCUUCAGAUUCGGAUCAUAUAAUUAGGACGCUUAUACAGUUUUUAACUAUGACUCCCGGGGAUAAUAUUGAAAAGGCCUAUGAACAUAUCAAAAUAUUCGUCUCCUCGUGGGCUCCUGCAGCUCUGGUAAUGCUUUAUAUGUCUCCAGAUAAUGCUAACAAGUUUACUGCUGAUGAAUCUGUUCGUUCAUUUGUUAAUUCAUUUACGAGUAUGCUGCCUAAGCACAUAUGUGUUGGAUGUGCUCGAAUAGUGUUAGAGUUUUGUAAACUACUGAGAAGGGCUGCCGGACUUGAUGACCGUUUGUAUAAUUUUUGUCGGAAUAGUUUAGGGGCUAUAGUAGACUCCAUUGGGAUCGCAAGGCACACUAAGGAGUUAUUAGCAUUGAAGGAUGUUUUUAUGUUUGUAUGUGAGGUAGUAGUACCUGAGUUAUCCCAUGCUUUAGAAUUGAGUAAGGGAUCAAUUGAGUCUACAGGGGGGUUAGCAGUGAGCAUUGUGCGUGAUUUUACUGAGUAUAUGCUUGCACUAAAGAAAGUAAUACGGUCGCAAAUAUUAUUUGGCACCAGUGAAGCAGUGUGUGUCAGAGAAUGUAUUAAAUAUUUGCAUCGUAUUUUAUAUGAUUUGCUAGACAAAAUGGAGUUGUGUUUAAAGAAAUUAGAAGACCAGUUGGGAUUGAAAGAGAUAGGAAAAGGCAAGCCUAUUGUACCCUGGUGGUCUCAGUAUCUUGUAAUUCUGAAGGAGUUAAAUAGCAUUUCAAAGCUGUUUAAGGGCUUUGGAGAAGGUCUUUUGGCAGAAGAUGAGGCAAAGAAAGGUUUCACUGUGUUUUUUGAUAGUGGCAUCUGCAAAAAGAUCUAA